CUACUAGUUUUGGGGUAAUUAAAUUCUAUAAAGAAAAUUAUAAUAAAAAUUAGUGAUCUAAUUGAGGGCUAGCAAAAUGAAAUGGCAAUCAAUUUCAGCAAAUACAAACCCCUACAGCUCCUACAAAAAAAUGAUUAGACAACUCUAUAACACCCAAUAAAUCACAAUAACACCCACGAAAACCAGCAAAUUCCGCAUAAUUUUUCCACAAACGGAAAAAAAAAACUUAUCUGUUCCUAAAAUUAGAACGGAAUCCAAAAUCACGUAAAUAUAUGUUCCGUGUCUAAAAGUCAAGCUAAUCUGGAAUAUGCAGAAACAGAACUGGGGAAUCAAAACAGAGAUGGAUGAAGAGAAAAUCGGACGACGUUACCGGCAUAGAUGCGAUGAGCUCAGGCUGGGAUGGAUUUCCAAUGAUCGAUCGUAGAUUCUCCGUAUCCCAGCUCAGGCUGGGAUGGAUUUCCAUUUGGGAGAUUAUUCUCAUGACGGCAGAUAUAGGCCCUGUUUGGAAAAAGUAUACAACCAAGCUGGGCUCGAUUGAGCGGCAAGUUUUCACAUCACACUUCUCAGUGAAGCUUCCCCCCAAAGCUUCUCUUCCUGUCCAUCGCUUCAACCGGCGAUGGCGCCAAAACGCCGGCGCUCGAAGAACCGCAGAAAGCUUUCGAAACGAAGAGGGAGGUGAAGAGCCUGGAGAGGAAGAAGGAGUUAGUCCGAUGGUAGAGAAGUACUGGUUUCAAAGGUUCGAUCUGUUCUCCAGGUAUGACGAGGGGAUAAAGAUGGACGAAGAGGGGUGGUUUUCCGUCACGCCGGAGGAAAUUGCCGCCAGGCAAGCCGACUGCUGCUGCGGGGGUGUUGUCAUUGACGGUUUUGCAGGCGUAGGGGGUAAUGCUAUUCAAUUUGUGGCGAAGUAUAAUUAUGUGAUUGCAAUUGACAUUGAUCCUAAGAAGAUUGAAAUGGCUCGACACAACGCGAAGAUAUAUGGAGUGGAUGAAUAUAUCGAUUUCCUCGUCGGGGACUUCUUCCAAUUGGCUCCAUUUUUGAAGGGAGACAUUGUGUUUCUUUCUCCCCCAUGGGGUGGUCCAACCUACAAAUUGAGAGACACUUAUGGUCUAGAGCUUCUGAAUCCAAAAGACGGUUAUGCAUUAUUUCAGGCUGCACAAAAUAUUACACCAAACAUCAUCAUGUACUUGCCUCGUAAUGUGGCCUUGCUUCAAGUGGAACAUCUUGCUUGGUUAUCUUCUCCCCCUCUACCAUUUCAGAUUGAAGAAAGCAAGCUUCACGGCCAUGUGAAAGGCAUAACAGUUUAUUUUGGUGACAUUGCAUCCUCAUGAGCCAUAGCUCAAGUUCAUUUUAUCAAACUAGAGGGUUAAGCCAAAGUUCAGUACUUUUGAAUUGUAUGCGUUUGGAUUCAAGUCGACCCAAUGGGAUGGAAACCUUUAUUUUUGUACGAAGAUUUGAAUGUAUAUUAGCUUCUUUAUUUUGCAUAACUUUGUAAUUUGUUAAAUUCUCUCCCAAGUUUUUUUUUUUUGAAAAGAAAAAGCGACCUAGUUU